AUGCAAACAACUAAAGUAGAUAAUGUUAAAAAUAAUAUGGUUACUAUCGUAAAACCAAUAACUAAUCCUAUAGUAGAAGAUAUUCUUCCCACGCAAGUUGAGGAUAUGAGUGAUAUACCCGGAAUCCGAGUUUCUAUGGCAACUAUAGUUGACUCUUCUCCUUUCGAAGAACAACAAAAGUUAUCUUACGAUAAUACUCCAAAUGAUCCUAAAAAAGUUAAAAAAGUAAUAAAUAAGUUCUUUUCUAGUACUUUCACUUUACCUGAAGAACAGCAUCAAAUUAAACCAUCAAAAGUUUCAACCCAACGAAAGCCACAAUCCACUAAACUAACUGAAGCGAGCGUAAGAAAUGAGACAAGCGAUGCAUCACCUGCGAUUGAUAUAACGAACAAGACUAACGAAGAUAGCGAGGUUAAUGACGUAGAGUACAUUCAAAAUUCUUCAAAAUCUCAAAGCUUACAAAACGUACAAGUUACUCAACAACCUGUGAUUAUGUACCAAAAUAAUUCUCAACAACUAUCUAAACAAAAUCCAAACCAAAUUACAAAUAAUCAAACUACUCAAGUUUUUUUACCUGACAUGAAUGGAACAAUACCAUCAAUUGAAGUUCCACCACCACAAUUGCAACAAUUAUCAAUCCCUCUCGUUCAAAAUGCAUCAGGUGCAAUCGGUAAUAAUGUUCAGUUAAUGAACGGUUUAAACACAUCUUCCGGUAAUUAUAAAAAUGUACCAUCUCCUUCUACACUUACAACAUCAAAUGGUACACUUGCUGUUAAGUUACUUAACAAUAAAAAAGAUGCACAACAAGGUGUUAAAAGACCGCACAUAAGUUACAAUUCAUGUGAUUAUUAUCGAGGAAAAGAUUUCAAAAGAGUGGCAUAUGAUAGUGGCUCUGCUCGUCCAGAAUAUGAUAGUGGUGUUAGCAGUGGUGGUAAUAGUGGUAAUGGUAGUAUUGAUAGUAGUGGUGGCGGCAGUAAAAGUAAACAUAGUUAUGGUUUUGUGAAACGAUGAACACAGAUCAUAUCAUUGGACAUUUCCCGAGGUAGAGGUAGUAUUUUAUAUAAUCCAUAGUAAUAAUGGUAAUAAAAGUAUGUAUUGAUGUAAUAGGUGCGUCUAGUUUUCACUUUUUUUCCUCUAAUAUAUCUAAUAUAUGUUGUUAAGUCAUAUCUUAUUAAGUAGAAUAAAAUAUUCAUAUUAAUAAAUAUGUGAUGGACAGAAAUAAUAUGCUGAAAAAAUGCAA